AUGGAUCACUACGCAGGCAAGCCAGUUGUGCAAGCGCUUCGCAGCUACUUGCAGCUUAACACUGCUACGCUGAAUCCGAUUUGGAACUCAAAUAACAUUCAGGAUAUCCACAUCGAGAUGACCGAAACAGCAACACUACAGCACCGCGUGAGCUAUUUUGACAGUUCUGGUAUUAUCCGUGACGUCAUGGUGAACCACUUGCAGCUACUGCUCAAUGUUGCUUAUGACGAAUACGCUGCACAUUACGAAGCCGAGAUGAGUCAACGCAGCGAUGAGAGCGACAACUUCACACCGACAGCUGCCUGGAUUGAGCUCACAAGCUCGUUAGACGAAUGGAGAGACACCAGCUUUCGUCUUGCUGCAGCCAAGGCCACAGCAGAGCGGCAACUGUCCAUCACUGUAGCCUUCAACAGUGGCGUAUUUCAAGACCAACAGUGCACUCUCACUGUAAUUAUCCAGCGAGCACUCAACGUCGACGCAAGCGAGGCCCACAGAAUCGAAUGGUCUUGUGACGUUAGCGAAGUGCUUCCAGAUCUCCAACUCCCAAAAGGCUGGAAGUACGUGGAGGCUGACGACCAUCGUGUCGUUAUUCCCCAGAGAUCUGAGCACGCUACUGCGGCAUGGGAGCUGGGUGACGAGGCUUCAGCCUGCGUGGACACUGUGGACUCCAGUGGUCCAUGCAGCUGA